AUGUCAGUGGUGGAGUAUUCAGUUCAGAACGAGUAUGAUAAAAAUCCUCAACUUACGGCAGAAGAUGUUGAGGAGAUUCGAAAGUGGUUGAAGAAUCAACUCCAUUUGCCACAUUCUUAUAUCACCGAUUUAGAUAUAGUUUUGGCGCACCAUCGCUGCGGUUACGACAUUGAGAUGACAAAGCGAGUUAUUGACCUCAACUACACUCUGCGGACUUUGUUCACCUUUUAUUCAUACAGACAACCAGAUAAAUCUUUAGAAAGGGCGUGCCACACAUGGUUGAUAACUCCAUUAAAUAUGCCGACAUUGAAAGGAUACCGUGCCGUAUAUUGUCACUUAUUAGAUCCAGAUGUAAAGAACUUUGUCUAUAGCGAUGUAGUAAGGGCAUUUAUUAUGAUUAUGGAUCUCUUGUUAUACGAGGAGGGGACCUGGCCUGGAGUGGCGGUUGUAGUGGAUAUGAACAAUGUUACUAUAUCACAUACAACAGGGAUCGAUUUAAACGUAGCUCAGGAAUUUUUCUAUUUUUUACAGGAAGCGAUGUUCAUCCAACUUAAGGAAUUCCAUUUCAUAAAUGCACCAAGUUUCGUUGAUAAACUGCUUUCUAUGUUGAAACCCAUCAUGACUUUGAAGAUGCUGGAUAUGAUAAAGGUGCAUCAAGUGGGAUCAGACAGUUUGUAUCGUUAUAUAUCUAAAGCAGCGUUGCCAAAAGAGAUGGGGGGACAAAAUAAAAACUUGGCUACGUUAAGAGAUGAAAUAUGGGAGAAGGUCAAAGCGAACUCCCAAUUUUUCGAAGAAGAAGCAAAGAAGAGAGUUGAUGAAUCGAAACGACCUGGGACCCCGAUGACUAUUACUUCAAUUUUCCCGAGUAUGGAAUGUUCCUUUAAGAAACUAUGUAUCGACUAA